UGGCGGGAGAGCAGGGGUUCGUCCAGGAAGCAGCGUCCUGAGACUAUCGUCAGUAUCAUGCCACAGCUAAUCUCAACUGCAUAUUUUCUGAAAGACGAAUAUGAAGCGGAAAUCGUCAUCACGAUUGCAGUGCAUAACGAAGUUCUUUAAGGCUGGGGGUAUUUCAGAAACCAAUUCAGUAGCCAGUCCAAGCAAGCAGACACCUCACAGUGACUCAGAAGAGGAAGAAGUUUUGUUUCUUGGAAUAGUGAGCUCCCCAGGAAGGAGUGUUCCCGAGAGCGAGGAUCACAGACAGUUCAGCAGCAGACAUUCAGAGGCAGGCAGCAACAGACCUCAGACCUUUGAAGAUUUGACAGAUGGUGGGUAUUGGGGCAUCCCUCCUGAUUUAGAUGAGGGUGCUGGAUAUACAAGCGAUGGAAAAGAUGCAGGUCACAGACCAACACUGUCCAGAUCCAUGUCUGUAGGCUGCCCUGUUGGACAAUCUGGGAAUAUUGCUGUAGGUUCCAGGGAUGAUUCCAGAUCCUUGUCUGUAGGCUGCCCUGUUGGACAAUCUGGAAAUAUUGCUGUAGGUUCCAGGGACUAUGCGGGCAGACACUUACAGGAUGUUAUUAAAUCUGUGGCAAGUUGUCAAGGUGGAAAUGUGACAGGUAGGUAUUCUGUGCCCUCAGGAUUAGCAGCUGAAGUAGGGGAAAAGAAGAUGAAGAUUUCAGAACAAAAGACUCCAAGUCCUUGGCCCAGAUUCCUGCAGCAAGUCCCAAACCUUCACUGCAAGGUGAAACAGAUGUCCAUAGGGGAAACUCAGAUUUAGAGGACAAGUUGUUGCUUGUGAACACAAAGAAGCAAGGUCCCUCCUCAAAACGUCCAGUACUUGUCAGGGAAGGUUCAGCUGGAGUCAGUUCAGUUUGUACAGAUUUAAGUACCAAGGUGCUUCUUGGUACAAAAGAGUUGCAGAAGCCUGAAAGUGAUCAAAGUGAUGAUCACAAGAGGAAGGACCCAACUGCUAGUCCCAAAGAAUCAUCAGCAAAUCAAGUGGAGAGAUCGCCUGUGUCACUUACUGCAUCUCCACAAGGAUCAGCUUGGAGAUUGAUUCCAUCAGGAACAGAUAGCAGAGAUUCCCUGUUUUCUGAAAAGGUGCGCGGAAUGAGUCAUAGAGAUGUCAGUGACUGGGUGAAGAAGUCAUCAAAUCAACAGCAGCUGGAUCCGGAGAUUGACCAAUGCAAUUCCUCAAAGCCUAUGAAGAAGAAGCACAUUGAUGGAGAAAAACGUCGCCAUCACAGUAGUCCCAACUCCAAGUCCCACACUUCUAGUCCCAGGUCCUCGGAUGGAGAUAGACAUCGCAGUGAGUCAGGGACAAAGGCCGAUGUCAAGGAUAGGAAUAAGAUUAGAAGCUCACAAUCUUUUGGGAAAACAGUGAAAAACCCCAAAGCAGAUAUCAGGAGGUUUCUUUCACAAGAUGCCUCCCCAAGAAACAAAGAUGGGGAUCGAACAAGAACUAUGGACUAUGCUAGUGAAGAUUCAUAUGAAAUUCCUGAACCCAUGGAUGUUGACACCCCUGAAACUGUGCGGACACCAUCAAAGUCUAAAAUGGUAUUAGACAGCUUAAGGUUGUCUAAAUUUAAGUCUAAUCUGGUCAAGUCUCCUGCCUUUAAAGCCAAACCAUCUGCAUCUUCAACAUCAAGUGCCUUGUCGGAGUCAUCAGGUUUAUGCAGACCAACCCACACUCCAACGAGGCGACCUGCGGAUGUGUGCAACCCUUUGGGGUCUUACAGGAUUCCUAAACUGAGCUCAGCAUUGUCAGAGACAGCUCUGAAAGAGAUCCAAGAGGAAAAAUCAGAAGCUGCAAAGAAGAAGGAUGAUGAUGCUCUGUCCGAGUCGGAAGCUGGCAGUGAUUCGGUCCUGGAGUCUGAUGACGAUCUGUUCAAUGAGACUCCAGCCUUUCUGAAGGAGUUUGAGAAGACAAGCAAGGCAAUCUUAGAAGCAGGCAUGAGACCAGGAACUCCAGAGCACACACAGUCAGAGUCUGUGCUCAGUGAUGACAGUUUCCUGCUGGAGGCGGCCGCUGUUAGCUGCAGUACCAAGCCCGGUGUCAGCAGAACUACAGAGGCCAAGUCUGCUUUCUCUCUCGAUGCCUUACUGGCAGAGAAGGUGGAGAAUGAGGAGGCAGACCGUGAACUUCACCUCAUGCAGAACCAACUGAAGGAGGGCAUUAGGCAGGGUGGUUUCAUCAAGGUAGCAGAGGCAGAAGCAGAGGACUCUGAAGAUGAUUUGCUGCCUGAACAUCAGCAGAAGUUGGAAUAUUUCCAAGUGUCUGAGAGCACCAUCCAAGAUCAUCAUCCCGGAGACCUGGUGUUCCAUCCUGGUACGUUCCCUUGUGUGUUCAGUGAGGCUCUCAGUCCGGGCCGAUGUGGCUUCCUUCCUUCCAACAACUUCCUGGAGAAACACCUGGCCAACAUCGCUCCAGAUGCCCUCUGUGACCUGCUGACCACAGACAUGUUGUCCAUCUGCUUCCACAAGAUCACAAGACAGGAGGAGAUACUACAGUGGAUCUUCUACAUAAUGUCAGUACACAGGAGCAGCCAAGUGAUCCAGGGAUGCAAGAAGCUCCUGUUUGACAUCAUCCACACCCAGCUCAGUCAGGAGGACACCAGUUACAGCUGGGCGCCAGCUGCCCUCGAUGUCCUCAAAGUCUUUGUCAAUUUUGGUGCUUGUUCAGCCGACCUGUUGCCGGACCACGACUUUUUCUCACAGGAAGAAAUCAGGACCUGUGUCACCCCAGAAGAUGACAGUAACCUGGCCCCAGACAACAACAAUGUUCCAGUGUGGUCGUACUCGGAGAACCUGCGGGAGGUGCUUCAGACAAUGGCUUUUGCGCUUCAGGGGAGGCCCCAGUACUCGGCCUCCCAGCUGAGCACCAUCCUGCUGAUGACAGCCAAGGCAGCUCUGGACAAGGAGUUCAACAACAACAAACUGUUAUACGAGUUCAGCGUGUUGGUCAGCUCCAUCCUGCCCUGCUACACACAGCAAGACUGGGACGCCACGAUGCCGAUGCUGUGCACGCAACUGUCCUGCAUCACCUCCCACCACCACAACCACGUCUACCUGACUCAACUCUUCCCCCACGGCAAGCGGGGCAGCAGCAUACAGCGGCGACUGGCUUACCUCCUCCUAGUGAAGAUGCUGCAGCCAGGGGCCGCUGUCUCCCACCAACAGCUUGCUACAUUCAAGUUGAACCAGCUGACAGUGUUGUUCCCUGCCUUGAGGGAGCUGGCGACAGAUGACCUGUAUGCCCUGGCCAGUGGUGUUGCCCUGCUGGACAUCGCGGUGGGCAGUGAACCCCUCAACUCAGAGGAGAAGGAUUACCUUCAGCUCCUGAUGGAACAGCUCCGUACACUCACCAGUGAUGUUCGGGACAAUGUUCGCAGACUUGACCACACCCGGGUGAAAGACUUGAUGGUGAGGAUCUCCAGCAAGUGGACGGUCACUCUACAGGCAACCUCCAGCAAACAGAGGAGCCUGUUUGCAUGGACCAAACAGAAGUCUCCGGAGAAGAUGCAAGUCCAGAGACUGGAGACGGGGUCAUCGGAUCAGGACUCGGAGGAGGAUGAGGAGGACGAAGAGGUCCCUGAAGCAGAACCUUCUGACAAACCAGAUGACAUAUCUGUUCCCAUGGAAACAGACCCCUGCGUCGACAGUGACUCAAAGUUUCAGGAAGUAUCAAUGUACAGUUGUGCCUAGUGAUGGUAUUGUUUCUUCUAUGGAAAGUUCUGGCAAACCAAACACAGUGAACUCAAUAGGUUGUGGGGAUACAAUGGAGUCUGGAGACAUGAAGCUGAAGAGUGAAGAGUCAGGAUCAAAACAUAAAGAUUCAACAUUAAACAUUGGGGAUGGUGAUGGUUCCCAUCUUGUGGAUGGGGAUAAAUCCAGUCUUGAGGCUACGCUGCCAGGGUCGGAGAUGAAUCGGAACAACCACGCCCUUGUUGUCAGCGAUCCUGUAGGACACCAACACAUCAAGGUGGAGAGUGAGGUGAGGGUCGUACUCACAGACAUUGGGCAGAAGGAAUGUGAGGACAUUGAGAUUUCUUCAGGGGAUGAGAGCCUUCCAGAGCUUGACAUUGUUUGAUGGCAGCCAUUACUGAGAGAGUAUACAAGUGUGUUGUGUGACUGGAUGUCUGUUGCCAUUGGAAGUCAGAGGCCUGAUAUAAUGUCAGCAAUGAAUGGACUGAGUCUCAGUAUGUGGCUGGAUGUGGGUUUGUUGUUCUGCUUGGUUUCAACUUUGAUGAAAUGUCAGCACAUGUUUAAAUGUGCUUGAGAAUGUAUUUAUAGAAUGGUUAUGAAAGAUUCGUGCUGAGUUUCUAUGUAUGGUUAAAGUGUAAAGUAACCUGGAAUUAUAGGUGUCAGGUUUAAAACGUGUUGACAGACAGAUAUGGGGGACUUUCUGCUUCUUGACUCAUCUGCUUGUCAUUUCUGAGUGCCUUCGUAUUGUUACCAUAGUUUCUCAGCAUUGAACAGAAGAAUAAUCACAUACAGGAAACCCAACAUUCCUUCCGGGACUGGCUUGAUGUUUACAAACAGACAUUACUCCUUACCAAACAUUUCCUUGGAAUUUAGUUAAUUGAGUGUCACUUGAAAGAAAUCCGAUUUAACAGGAAUGUAUUCCCUGAAAAUGGCUUCUUGCAUAUUGUCUCAAGUCAAGCAUUUUGGUUUAUGUGGAAAAAUUAUGAUUGCUUCAGAUGAAAGGAUGAAUGAAUAUUUUGAAGUGAGAAUGAAUAAAUGUUUUGAACCCAA